CCUCCAAACACAAUAAUUUUCGGACGGAAAGGACGUAAAACUAAAGAAUAGGGGUGACGUGUACAGCUGCUGCACAAUCGGCGGCCUCCUUCACCCCCUCUCUUUUGGAGGGCUUUUAGGCUUUUCCUUUGCUUGACCAAACGGGGUUUCCGUUGAGCAAAGAAUUCCGAGCCAAAACACUCACACAAACAAACAAAGCAAAAAAAGAAAGCAGAGAAAAAUUCUCUCUGUUCUCACCUUUACGCUUCUUCCUUAUCUCUUUUUCUUUUCUUCUACAUUUUGCUUUUCGCGUUUUCCCACGAAGUACAUUUCAAACUCACAUUUUUGUUCAUCGUUUGAUUUCGUGACCUGUUUGGCAUUUUUUUUUCUGAUUCUUGAGUGAUCAGAGGAUUAUGGCUACCAAAAAGGACGAACCGUGUCAGGCACACCAGAAAAUGCCUAGCAAAAAGGAAGAACCGUCUCAAGCACAACAGCAGAGGAUUCCUUCCAAAAAGGAAGAGCCGUCUCAAGGACUUCAGGGAGAAGCUGCUGCUCCAGGUCCACCCACUCCAGCACCAGGCCCGCCGGAUCAUCUGCAUUCUCGUGGUGGCAACUCGGUUUUAAAGAGUGGUCCACUUUUUCUAUCAUCAAAAGGAAUUGGAUGGACAUCAUGGAAGAAAAGGUGGUUUAUUUUGACACAUACUUCGUUGGUUUUCUUCAGAAGCGAUCCUAGUGCCAUUUCUCAGAAGGGGAAUGAAGUGAAUUUAACUCUUGGUGGUAUUGAUCUCAACAAUUCAGGCAGUGUGGUUGUCAAAGCUGAUAAAAAACUCUUAACCGUACUAUUUCCUGAUGGCCGCGACGGACGAGCCUUCACACUCAAGGCUGAAACUUUAGAGGAUUUGUAUGAGUGGAAAACUGCACUUGAGCAUGCUUUGUCACAAGCACCAAGCUCUGCUCAUGUGAUGGGACAAAAUGGCAUCUUCGGGAACGAUCAAACAGACGCAGUUGAUGGUUCUAAGGAACCAGUGAAUGAUAAACAGCCUGUGAGAUCUACAGUCAUAGGCAGGCCAAUUUUACUAGCACUGGAAGAUGUUGAUGGAGCUCCAACAUUUUUGGAGAAGGCCCUCAGAUUUGUAGAAGAGCAUGGAGUCAAAGUAGAAGGGAUCUUACGACAAGCUGCAGAUGUCGAAGAUGUUGAGCGCCGAAUUCGGGAAUAUGAACAGGGAAAAAGUGAGUUUUCUUCUGAGGAGGAUCCUCAUGUCAUUGCUGAUUGUGUCAAGUAUGUCCUUCGAGAGUUGCCAUCAUCUCCUGUCCCUGCAUCUUGCUGCAAUGCCCUACUGGAAGCAUGCCGAACUGAACGUGGUGCUAGAGUCAAUGCUAUGCGUGUGGCUGUAUUGGACACGUUUCCUGAGCCAAACCGUCGCUUAUUACAGAGAAUUCUACUGAUGAUGCAAAAAGUGGCUUCUCACAAAGCUGAAAAUUGGAUGAGCUCUUCAGCUGUGGCGGCUUGCAUGGCACCCUUGCUUCUUCGGCCCCUUCUAGCUGGUGAUUGUGAGAUUGAAAAUGAUUUUGAUGUGGGUGGGGAUGGUUCAAUUCAACUACUGCAAGCAGCUGCUGCAGCAAAUCAUGCUCAAGCCAUUGUUAUAACAUUAUUAGAAGAGUAUGAUAAAAUAUUUGGGGUAGGUUCUGUUUCCCCUGAUUUAUACUCUGACUCAGAAGAGAGUGGAAGUGAAAGUGAGGAAGCAACUGAUGAUGGUGAGUCCUAUGAAGAUGAUGAUUGCGAUGAUGCAAUACAGGCAUCUGAUGCAUACAAUAAUGAUGAUGAUGUAGCAAGUAGAACAGGCAGUGAGAGUGGUCACUCCAUUAACAAUGAUCUGGAUGAUGAUAAGGAUUCUGAUUAUUCGAGCUCAGGUUCUGAGUUGUCCGAAGCUGGUGAUGAUUUAAAGGCCACUAAGAAGUUAUCAAGUUCACCGCAUUCUUCACUGUCUGAAAAUGAUAAUUCAGAAAGGAGUGAGGAUAAUCAGAGUAGCAAUAGUUCAGUAACAGAGACCAAUAAGUCUGCUGGGCUGUCAAAAGGUGUUUAUGGAGAAACCAAGUUGGAGGAUCAGUUAACUAGUCAUAAUCAAAUCUCAUGCAUCCCAAAAUCCAUAUCUAUAGGAAAUGGACCUGGCCACAAUGUUAGGCGUCCCACUGUUUGGGGACGUACUGCUGCAAAGAAGAACCUUUCUAUGGAAUCCAUUGAUUUUCCAUGUGAAGAAGAGGCUGAAAUCGAGACACUCGAGGCCGAAAAAUCUGACUUGCAAAACAGACUCACAGAAGAGAUUGAAGGUAAUGCCAUUCUCGAAGCCAGCUUGGAAAAACGAAAGAAGACAUUGCAUGAGCGUCGCCUAGCUCUUGAGAAAGAUGUGGCCAGAUUAGAGGAAGAGUUGCAAAGGGAGAGAGAUAAGAGGAUGGCUUUGGAAGCAGGACUUAACCCAUUUCAAGGACCCAUAACUCUCCCAGCUACGAUUGAUGAAAAGACAAAGGCAGAUCUCAAAGACAUAGCUCAAGCAGAGGCAGACAUAAUCAAUCUGAAAAAAAAGGUUGAUGAUCUGGGAAUGCAGCUUAAUCAACGCCUUGAGAAAAAUUCUGUUUCCAUGAAUGAUUCAUGCAAUAAACAUCAACCAAAUCAUCAAGCAAAAAUGAAGGAUAAGCCAAAAGGUACUGAAGCUGCUUUCAAAAGGUCAGGAAGCAAGCAGGAUACAUAUUUGGACGAAGCAUGGUGCAAGAAUGAGAAGAAGCAGGAAUCAUCUUUGGCAAAUAAACAUACACCUCAAAACCAACAGUUGGAUCAUUCAGCACAUAACAGCAACCAUAUGCAUGCAGCAGAGACAGCUGCACAGAAGCCUCUUGCUCCCAGUAAUUCCAAGAAGUCUGCUACAAAGGGUGAGGGAGCCAAUUCCACAUCUUCAGCACUGACAAAACUGACAACCCGGCUCAACUUUCUGAAGGAGCGGCGAAGCCAGAUUGCAAAUGAAAUCCUAGGUAUGGAGAGAGGCCGAGGUUCAGGUCAAGCUGUUCCAAACCCAGACAAAGGCAAAGGAUCAGAACCUAUUCAAUCUCUUCAAAAUCCAGAAAAAGGUAGAGGACUAGACAUCAGCCAAUAACUGUAGAAUCCAGGCAAAGGGGUGGGAUAAGAAGGCCAAACAGUUCCACACUAAGAAAAAAAAAAUCAGAUAACCGGAUCCAGAUGGAGGUAAUAAAAGCAGAAGACUAAUAAACCGAUUUUCUGGACAGGGGAUGUUCUGAAGGCCAUAGUGUCCUACAGUUCAGAUAGAGAUCAGGAUUAUUAGGUCAGCAUCUUGCUAACGCAAGGACUUACUCCAGAUUACCAGAGGGAGAUGCUGGGAGACUGAUGUUGAUGCCCAUUACAAAGAGGAGAGGCCAGAGUCCAGAUACCCUUUAAUCCAACAUGUACAUAUAAGUAGUAUGUCCUAGAUGUGAGCUGAAUAAUUUAAAAUGUUGGUGACUGAUUUUUGUUGUCAGAGAGACCAAGUAGGAUUGUAUAGCAACUGCAUGCUUAUUGCUUUGAUGGGCAAAUACAAUUUUUAAUUUAAGUUCCUCUA